AAACGUUUCAAUUGCUUUCCGUCGGAUUCAAUCUUCAAGUGAUUUAUUGUGUUGCUCAGAAUGGCGAACGAGAAGGAAGGAGUCGUGGGUGGUGUGGGAACUGGAGACUUGGAUGGGAAUCGUGAUUGCGUUUGCCUAGGCAUAACAAUUAUCCACUGUUUAUGUAAGCGAAAUCAAUAAUUAAGUUGAGAACGAAGCCCUAAAUUAGAAGCAUUAUAAAUUCGAGUCUAUACAUUAACUGUAAACAGUUUUAUAAUUAUGUCAUUACUUCGCAUAACAAAUGCUGCGUGUUCCUUGAGCAGAAGUCUAUAAAGGAAUUCCAGCCAUAACUUAUUCGAUUAUUGCCAAGUUGGAAAAUGAAGUUCAUGAAGUACGCAGUUUUAUUUUACACCUCCGUGGGUAUUGAGCCGUAUACGAGUGACUCUCGGCCCAAAAAAGUCAGUCUGUGGUCAAAUCUCCUAUUUUGGGCCAAUGUGAUUAAUUUGAGUGUCAUUGUUUUCGGAGAGGUCCUCUAUCUGGGAGUGGCGUAUUCCGAUGGAAAGUUCAUCGAUGCCGUCACUGUAAUGUCUUACAUAGGAUUCGUGAUAGUGGGCAUGAGCAAAAUGUUUUUCAUUUGGUGGAAGAAGACCGAUCUAAGCAAUUUGGUUAAGGAAUUGGAGCACAUCUAUCCAACUGGUACAGCUGAGGUGGAGGUAUACCGGUUGGAUAGCUAUCUGCGAUCAUGUUCACGGAUUAGCAUUACCUACGCACUACUCUAUUCUGUGCUCAUCUGGACAUUCAACUUGUUCAGUAUCAUGCAAUUCCUCGUAUAUGAAAAGUGGCUCAAAAUCCGAGUGGUCGGUCAAACGUUACCAUAUUUGAUGUACCUUCCCUGGAACGUGCAGAACAACUGGACGUAUUAUGUUCUGCUGUUCUGUCAAAACUUCGCAGGACAUACAUCGGCAUCGGGACAGAUCUCAACGGAUCUUUUGCUCUGUGCCUUGGCUACCCAGGUGGUCAUGCAUUUCGAUUAUCUGGCCAAGGUGGUGGAGAGACAAGAGUUGAAUGAGGAUUGGAACGAAAACUCAAGAUUUUUGGUGAAAACUGUACAAUAUCAUCAGCGAAUUCUUCGGCUUAUGGACGUUCUCAACGAUAUAUUCGGCAUACCCCUACUGCUUAACUUCAUGGUCUCCACAUUUGUCAUCUGCUUUGUGGGAUUCCAAAUGACCGUUGGUGUCCCGCCGGAUAUCAUGAUAAAGCUCUCCUUGUUCCUGUUCUCGUCCUUGUCGCAGGUGUACUUGAUAUGCCACUAUGGCCAGCUGAUUGCCGAUGCGAGCUCUAGCAUAUCGAUUUCUGCAUAUAAGCAGAACUGGCACAAUGCUGACAUCCGAUAUCGUCGGGCUCUGGUAUUCUUUAUAGCUCGACCUCAAAGGACAACCUAUCUAAAAGCCACUGUAUUCAUGAAUGUAACAAGGUCCACUAUGACAGACCUUCUUCAGGUAUCCUACAAGUUUUUCGCUCUGCUUCGUACAAUGUACAUUAAGUGA